AUGCAUGCAAUUGUUUGCUGUGUCAUAGCUUUGGUGCUCCUUGAUGCUGUCGUAGCUAUCAACAUUUACGUCGUCUCGAAAGCCAUCCCCGCCAUACCUGCAAAUAAUCGCGACAAUGAGUUUUAUCGCGUUAAGAUUGCGGCCACCCGCCGCUUGAGAGGGCACAUAAUAGCGACAUCCACAGCACAAAAAGAAACACUUCAAGAUGAAGAAAGGGACGAAGUCGAUCUUGUGGCGGCAAAAGGUCUUUUAAAAGACAUGCUUAAUAACUACCACGGUUCGUUGUCAAUAGCAGAAGCGGAGAAGAUUCUGGAGGGGGUUUUCCAAUUUACCUCCCUUGGCGACGAGAUUAAAACCAUGUUUCAGGCGGCUGAGAUUUCGAAUCAAGUCACAGGGUCCGCGAAACGAUGGGGGAGGAUGGACGAGAUGUUGCAAGAAAUGCGUCAAGACUUCACCACGAUAAAAGAUAACUUAGAGAAGGGUGGGGAAUAUGAAGUGGCCGCUCAAGGACAGAUUAAUAAAGUUCUGAUCAAAGGUUUAUUCCUUCUGAACGUGAUCAAGGCUCAGAGAAUUAUCGACAUACGCAAUGUACCAACCUUGCAACAACAUCAAAUCAGGCUAAUCAAGGAAGGUAUUUUCUCGUAUUGGAGAAAAAUCGGCAUAAAAUCUGAGUAUUUGUCGCGAGUCCUUGUGCAUACGGAACCCAGUGACAUCAACCUGGUAAACUGGUAUGAGAUCGAGAUCUACCUGUCGGGAAAUAAAGCAGUUUCCAAAUCAAGUGGUGCUCGAUCAGAAUAA